CCUCGCUACUUCCCCUUGGGCGGUGGUGUUCUUGAGGAGAUGCUUGUGCGAAUCAUGCAGCAGCAACAAGGCUCCCAAGGGCACCGGCAGCCUGUUGCUUUACUGCCGAUGCCAAAGACGCAAGAACUCGUUGACUUCGUGGAACGACUCAGCAGCAGCAACAGCAGCAGCAGUGGCGACUUGAGGGGAACUGUUGCUGCGCUGCAGCUGGAAUUGGAGGGCCAGCCUGGCGAUGCGUGGAUCUACUACCCUGCCCCUUCGCUGCCUGGCUUCAGUGUCUCCUUGUCCAGUGACAGCACGACUGGCGGGAGCAGCGCGAUGAGCUAUCAGGAAAUCCUUGUUGAGCUUGAGAAGCUUACGGGCGUCCACUGGGCCUUCACGUUUGGCACCGCGCUGACUCCAAAGUCAGUUGCACGUCUUCUUUCUAUUUUCGCCUUAUCCCGCCGAAUAGAUGCGGCCUUCGAGUUUGUAGCAAAGCGCAACAAAGAAGAUUUGAUAUUGUUGCGGCAGGCAGCUGCAGGAGUUGAAGCCUUAGAGGUGCUACUGCAGCGCAGCCGCGCGACAGCAGAGCUGAUGAGGCCACUUGCCCUGCAGCAGCAGCGGCUCGAGCAGCGCUACGAGGCGCUGCUUUUGUUGAGGGCCAUGAAGGACUGCGAGACCAGGCGGGUGCAACACUUGCAGCAGGAAAUGAACGCCACAUGUAUUAUAUAG